GAUACACCGGUAGUACCCGGCUUCUGGCGAGCAAUAUGGUAAAAAAAAAAAAAAUACUGUACCUAGCGAGCAACGACGAUGACCACGCUCUCCCUCACCAAACGAGUGGAGGCCUUCGCUCCAUACCUACGCUCCGCGGCCCAGCAUCUCCGGUGGGCCAGGACCGAGGCGGGCCCAUCUUCAGGGCGGCGGCGGCGGCGGACCAUGUCGCCGUCCCUGGCGAAGAAGGGGGAGGAGAAGUCGGAGUGGUGGAUAGUGGACGGCGAGAUGCACGAGAUCGGGGAUCACGUGCCUCCACGCGAGCGGUUCGUGAUACCCAGGGACAACAUCCCUAACAAGCGCCGCAAGCAGCUGCGCGAGCAGUUCAUGCGCCGCACUCGCCUCGUCCUCAAGGAAUCGGAGCACGAGCCUUGGUGCAAGAAGUACAUGGAAUUGUAUAAUGAGCUUAGAGAAAACUGGGAGAGGCUGUACUGGGAUGAAGGCUACUCAAAGAGACUCGCGCUAGAUCAUGCCAACUACGACUCUGCUGAAGAUGAUGACCAGGAUUUUUCCCCACACAGGAGCAGGCGAUCUGCUGCUGAGCCAAUGAAGGACCAGGGUUUCAAUAGGAACAUGCAAGGUGGUACCCGGGAAAUGGUCAGCCGAAUUCGGGAUAAGUUUGAAUAUGACAGAGAGAAAAGAAUGAGAGAUAAAGCAUUUGCACCGAUGAAUGGAGGAAGAAAUGCUUAUGACGAACACGAUGAUUCAAACUCCUGGAAGCAGCCACUUGAUGCUGAGAGAUAUUUCUCCCAAAGUGAAAGUGACUAACAGGACUGCAAAUAACCUAUCCAAAGGGACAAUUUUGCUUCAGUUUUUCUCCAACUCUACUCUAGCAGCAUAGCCUUCGUAGGAAAGCUUAUUUUAACUGAACGAAAUAUGUUGCCCACCAAACUUAUUUCCAUGCCAUGCCCUGAGUAGUUACAUCCGAUGAAGGAGGGUGGUGUAAAAGAAAGCAAUUAUGAUAUAUCAUUUUCGUAAAAAAAGAAAAAAGAUUUAUGAAAUGAGAUAUUUUGUAUCUAUAACAUGAAGAAAAGUCCUAUGUGGCUGGUGUUGUUUCAUCAUAUUUAUUUUGUUAUUGGUGAUA